AUGGAGAGGCAUCUCCAGAGGAUGGCACAGGCGCUCGUCUCUGGUUCCAGCAUGCUGGAUGUCCUGGGACUGGCACUGCACGGCUGCCUCGGCCCCGGCCUCGUCCUGCUCCUGGUGGCCUGGGCCACCCUGUGCUGCUGCCGCAGCUCCUCAGGCAAACGGCGCCAGGUCUGUGCUGGGAGCCGAGGCAGGGGAAGGCGCAAGAAGACGGACGACUCAGAUGCUGAGGCGCCGCACGGCUGCAGGAGCAGCCUGCUCUGGGUGGGCAGCAGACCCAUGGGCAUGCUGCUCUGCUACGAUCGGGACUGCGGGCGCUGCAGCCAGGCUGUCAGGGAGAGGCAGCAGCGGCUCCUUGCCAGGCAGGCAAGACCCUCCUGCUGUCCGUACUCCUCCUCCUCUCGGGACUCCGGUGACUCCUGCCGGCACGGGGCCACGGCCAGCUCAUUCCGCCCAGCCAAGAGAACAUCCGUCAGGUCCUGGUGGCAGCCAGUGCUGCGGAAGAGGAAGCAGAGGAGACCUUUUCCCCAGCGUACAGCACUGAACACCCAGGGGGCAGCCACACUUCCCUGCAAUGCUGGGCCUCUCAGACAGGCCGAGGAGCUUGUCAAGAUGGCUCCUGUGCACCACGAGGCCAGCUUGCCCCCAGCCACAGGCUCUGACGCGGCUCCCAAGGAUGGCAUCCUGCCUGCUGGUGCGGAUCCUCGUCCCGUGACAAGGCUGGAGCAAGGACCGGGCUUCUGGAAGCUCCUGCGGAUGCACACCCUAAGGAAGUCCAUAGAGACCAAGCUGGGAGCUCUCCCCACCAUGGUGCUGCAGUCCCACAGGAGGUACACGUACAGGAUGGAACAUCGUACGGCUCCCACGCUGCUGCGCUCCCGUCCUGCCCCCUGCUACUUCUGUUCACCAGAGGCCCUGUUCCUGCCUGUGGAUGUGCGGGAGUUCCUGGAGAUGCACAUCCGAGAGAAGAAGCUGUGCCGCUACUGGGGCCUGCCUGCAGGGUCGCUGGCAGAGCCCCGGGCACUGCCAUCAGCCCCCUAA